AUGGCAUGGAAAAUUUUUCAGAAGAAAGCCAAUGCAGAACAAGCACCACGGGCAGCCAUUGUCUGCUGCAACCCCUCCUGGUCUCCAUACGUAGUAACCACAGAAAGAGACUUCGUUACUAUUCUAGUCAUCUUUGAAGAGCAGCAAUUCCUCCUAACCUCCGUCUACUCCCCGCCCACGGAAGGUCUUACGGAUGUGACUUGCAACUUUAUACGAGUGAAACAGAAAUGCCCAACAGUACCUCACGUCGUUGGAGGAGAUUUCAAUGCACAUAAUACUAUAUGGGGCUACCAAGACACAACGCCUAAAGGGCGAGACAUGGAAGACUUUAUGGCCUGUCACGAUCUACAUUUACAUAAUAGUCAAGGGGCACAACCAACCUAUGACAAUACCUAUCAUAAAGGAUGGCCUGAUCUUACACUCUCAACUGCUAAUUUUGCCAACAACUUUAGCUCAUGGGAUGUUCUAGAUGAUGAGAGUAACUCAGAUCAUCGAUACAUCCACUUCACACUAACACUUGAAGCCAGCAUUAAUAUCCUCCAGAGAUUCAAACUACCGGGCGGAAAGAUACGACGACUGAAGAAUGCCUUUCAGGAGCUGCUCAUCAGAGAAGAAGACAUACUAGAAGACCUUACCAACCCCCAAGAACUGGAUGAUUACACAGACCACAUUCUGUCAUUACUCAGACAAAUAUGUCAGCAGAUCCUCCCUACAAGGACCGCCAAAAAACUCCAAGGCAUAUCCUGGUGGACGGGAAGACUGAGAGAGAUGAAACAGAGGUGCAGAGCUCUGCGCCGCCGCCUCAGAUCUGCUACCAACGAAAUUGUAGCUUCCAACAUCCUUACGGCCUUUCGGCAAGAAAGGGCCGCCUACAAGAAAGCAAUUCUUGAAGCUAAAAUUAACAGCUGGAGAUCUUUCUGCACCAGUAACAGUAAUCCAUAUGGAAUUUUACACAAACUGGCAACGCAGAAGAUCUUCCAACCAGCGCAAGUACCAGUUCAAACAACAGCACCACAUACUAUGGACGUAGCGGCCUCCACCGCCAAGGAACUUUUAAAUGCUAUCUUUCCCACAGAUGAUACACAAGCAGAUACUUCAGAACAGAGGCAAAUUAGAGAAGAUACAAGCUCGCCAUGCACACCGAACGAUAUACAGUUUUCUGCACAGGAGAUACGUUUUGGAUAUCGAUGCGAUUUAACGUAA